UAGAUAAGACACGACCAUGGGCUUGCUUGACGUUUCUACUUGCAUUAUUUUCAGCGUCGGAGUGGUGAGGUUGUCUGUAUCAAGGACCGGGAGCAAGGAACACCCCCAUACAAAAUGUCAACCAGUGAGUCACAGCCAAGCGACAGUCCUAGGAAGCAUGGUCUAGACGAAGGCACGCAGAGCAUAUUGCAACACCAACUGGACGGAUUACCAUCCACAUCCUCUGCGAAGGGUACGGUGUUCGACUACGUGGGACGAUUCGAUAUGCUUCUGAUUGUGCUCAGUACUCUUUCGGCCAUACUCGCUGGUGCACUCAACCCGUUGCUCACCGUCAUCUACGGUCUCGUGGUCCGAUCUUUCCAGAAACACGCGAACGGCGAGGAUGAUAGCUCUAGCCUAUCCUCCAAUGUCUCCAAGCUCGCUCUGUUCAACGUUUACCUUGGGCUGGCCGAGUUUGUGCUCAUCUACAUGGCAACAGUAGGCUUCUAUCAUUCAGGGGAGCGCAUCACCAGAAACCUGCGCCGUGCAUAUUUGAAGGCGAUCAUCCGGCAGAACAUUGCCUUCUUCGACACACUAAGCCCUGGGGAGGUGACAGCACGCAUCACUUCGGAUAUGAAUAUUAUUCAGGAAGGCAUCACAAGCAAGAUCUCAACUUUUUUGACGGCUUUGGCUACCUUCAUCUCGGCAGUGGUGAUUGCUUUCUAUGAGUAUUGGAGGUUGGCCUUGAUCCUCAUAUCCACCUCCUUCUUGCUUGGAGGCGCUGAGUUUCUCGGCGCGCUGUAUGCUGUGAAAUUCAGUAGACGGAGCUCAGAGGCUCUGAACCAAGGGGCGUCCGUGGUGGAAGAAACCAUGAGCUCUAUCCGCCAUGUCUCUGCGUACGGGAUACAAGAUGCUAUGCGCGAGCGAUAUUUGAAAUAUAUUGACAAAGGGGAGACAUGGGGUCUUAAAGCACGGCGAUCGGUGACUUUUAUGAUCGGGACCAUGAACUCGGUUCCAUAUCUCAGCUACGCGCUGGCCUUCUGGCAAGGAUCUCGCUAUGUUGUUACAGGGGAGAUGAGUGCAUCAGCUGUGGUUAUAACGACCAUGGCCAUCAUUGUCGGCUCCUUCGCUGUUGGGCGGGUUGCACCCAGUGCUGAGUCUUUUGUGAAGAGCAUAGUACACUCCAGCGUCAUUCUGAAGGCCAUUGCUCGCCAGUCUCCUCUUGACCCACUUUCCGAAGAGGGAGAACGCUUAUCAGACAUACGCGGAGAUGUUGAACUCCAUGAUGUCAGCCUGGUAUACCCGUCACGGCAGACAGUAGAGGUUCUUAACCAGGUAUCUUUGCGCUUUCCAGCGAACAAGACCACGGCUCUUGUUGGAGCAUCUGGCUCGGGGAAAAGCAGUAUCAUCGGGCUUUUGGAACGCUUCUAUGCACCGACUGGUGGCCAUAUCACUCUGGAUGGUGUGGACAUUGCGCACCUCAACCUACAUUGGCUGCGACAGCAGAUGUCAUAUGUUGUGCAAGAGCCGGUUCUGUUUAACAGAAGCAUCUUCGAGAAUAUCCUGCUAGGACUGAACGAUCUCGAUACACACAGGACUAUGCUUGAAGCAAGAGAGCUGGUGCAUGCAGCUGCGAAAGUCGCACACGCUCACGACUUCAUCAUGGCUCUGCCGCAAGGGUAUCAUACCGAAGUGGGCACGAAAGGACUGCAACUGUCAGGCGGUCAGCGACAACGCAUAUGCAUUGCCAGGGCAGUCAUCAGUAACCCAAAGAUCCUACUGUUGGAUGAAGCUACGUCUGCCCUUGACUCAAAGUCGGAAAAAGCAGUCCAGCUGGCUCUGGACUCUGCUGCCAAGGAUCGGACGACUAUCGUGGUUGCCCAUAGGCUGUCAACUAUACGCAACGCCGACAAUAUUGUUGUCAUGGAUAAUGGAUCCGUCCUUGAGCAAGGGGCACAUGAAGAGCUGAUGGCUCUGGGAGGCGUCUAUUCACGUCUCGUGGAAGCGCAGCAGAUUGACAGGACUACGGAAGGGGGGGCAAUCCAAGGCCUGUCAAGCACGGAGGGCACGGCGAAUGAUCAGACUGGACUUGUUCACUCCUCCGAAACAGCCAGCUCUGAUUACGACAAAAAGACCCUUGAUGAUCACGGGCUCCUUCCAGAUACCAAUCCUUCGUUCAAAACCUACUUUCAAGUUGUGAGUAAGCUGAACCGAGAGGAAGGUUUGAUAAUAAUCAUUGGCCUUGUGCUAUGUAUUUUGACUGGAUUCAUCAUCCCAACGCAAGCCGUUUUCUUCGCCGAGUCAAUCAACGCAUUAACUCUCCGAUCUACACAGUAUCUCAAACUUCGCCAUGACAUCAACUUUUGGUCGUUGAUGUUUCUGAUCCUUGCUGUUCUCGCCCUCAUCACAUGGAUAAGCCAAGGGCUCUGCUUCUCCCGCUCCACCGAACGACUCACGCACAAGACCCGACACCAGGCCUUCCGAUCCAUCAUUCGCCAAGACAUAGCCUUCUUCGAUGAGAAGAGAAACUCCCCUGGAGCCCUGACGUCCUUUAUCGAGACCACAGCCACCGACAUUACCGGGCUUAGUGGGCCAAUCAUCGGCUCUAGCCUCACCUUCAUUGCAACACUGGUGAUCGGCAUUACCGUCUCCCUCAUCGCUGGCUGGAAACUUGCUCUCGUCUGCACCUCCACUAUUCCAAUAGUGGCAGGAUGCGGCUACGUCCGUCUCCGAGUGCUCGCGCUAUUCGAUCAGCGAGUGCGUAAGACUCACCAAGAGGCUGCGAUCUACGCGACGGAGAUCAUAUCGACCAUCCGAUCGGUCGCAUCUCUGACCCUCGAGCAACACUUUCUCGACGAGUAUACGGCCAUCUUAUCCCGUGGAGCCGCUCGGUCCAUGCGCUCAAUUCUCAAAGCAUCCGCGUUGUACGCGGCGUCCCACUCGUUCACCUUCUUCUGCGGCGCCCUAGCCUUCUGGUACGGCGGCAUACUCCUCGCAAAGGACGAAUACACCAUCCUUCAAUUCUAUAUCUGUUUUGGGGCGUUAAUAUCGGGCGCCCAGAUUGCCGGCGCAGUCGUCUCCUACGCCCCGGACAUGAGCAAAGCGCUGCACGCAGGUCAAGAGAUUCACACCCUGUUCAAUCGUACACCAAGCAUCGACACAUGGGAGGAGACCUCUGAUCAACAAUCCAUUUCCCAAAGCACGGCGGACCCUGUCACAAUCGAGUUCCGGAAUGUCACCUUCCAUUAUCCCUCUCGCCCUUCGCACCCCGUCCUACAGAACUUCUCGCUCACAAUCCGACCCGGCCAAUUUAUCGCGCUCGUCGGGCCCAGCGGCUCCGGCAAAACCACUAUCCUCCAACUGCUCGAGCGCUUCUAUAGCCCCACAGCCGGUCAGAUCCUGCUGAACGGGGUGGACAUAUCCGGUCUGAACGUCAACGAUUACCGAAAGGCCUUCUCGCUGGUCAGCCAGGAACCCACUCUCUACGACGGAACGAUCCGAGAGAAUCUCCUCCUCUGCGGCGCCGGCAGACCCAUACCCGACGACGAGCUGAUCCAAGUAUGCAAGGAGGCAAAUAUUUACGAUUUCGUCGUCUCACUUCCUGAUGGCCUGAACACCCGCAUCGGCACGGCAGGAACCAUGCUCAGCGGCGGCCAGAAACAGCGUCUCGCGCUCGCGCGGGCUCUCCUCCGAACGAGCAGUCCGGUCCUGCUGCUGGACGAGGCGACCUCGGCGCUGGACGGGCCGUCAGAGAGAGUGGUGCUGGAGGCGCUGGACCGGGCCAGCGCGGAACGCACGACGGUGGCGGUCGCGCACCGGCUACGGACGGUGCAGCGGGCGGAUGUGAUCGUGGUGCUGGAGCACGGGAAGGAGGUGGAGCGCGGGGCGCACGCGGAGUUACUGGCGCGGCGCGGGGUGUAUUGGGCGAUGGUGAGGAUGCAGCGGUUGGGGGGUCCGUAGUUGUGCUUUGUUUUGCCCCUUCGACUCAAAGUCUCGAAUAACUAUUUUUCACGUCUAGACUCAUAUCUUGAUAAACGAAUACAGAAC